AUGUUUAUCGUUAAAACCCUAAUCUCCCGCCUCAGAAACCACAACUGCAGAUCUUCCCUCUAUUUCCAAUCUUAUACCCACUUUUUCUGCCUCCCCUCUCCCUUUCAUCUUCCUCGUUCCAUUCCGCCCUCGACUUUCUUCAUCCCUCCUUUUCCGCGAUUCAUUUCCCGCCUCCCAUCCCCUCGAUCAAGUCUCGUCUCCCCUUUAUCCGGAUGGCCUCCCUUCCCCGUUGUACAGCCGGCUUGGAAGCUCUCGCAGUCGGCGACUCCUCUGUAUCUGCGAGGGAGGGAGGCGAUCUUCCCCUCUGAUUUGUUUCGGGAAAGGGUAUUCCCUAUUGGACUGGGAAGCAGUGCCGUUGGAGAUGUGCGGUAUGUGGAGGGGCGGAAGAAUCAUGCGGACGCCGAAAGGGUUGGUGUUGAUGAAAGAUGGUUGAAUUUACCCAACUUGAUCUCUAUCAGCAGAAUGGUUUCAGGGCCUGUCAUUGGUUGGAUGAUCAUGAAUGAGUGGUAUAUUUAUGCCUUUUGCGGAUUGAGUCUUUCUGGAGCAACUGAUUGGUUGGAUGGUUUCAUUGCCAGAAAGAUGAAUAUUAAUUCUGUGGUUGGAUCUUAUCUGGAUCCACUUGCAGAUAAGAUUCUGAUUGGUUGUGUUGCAGUUGCUAUGGUUAAAAAAGAUCUUAUAAAUUCCGGUCUCGUGGGACUUGUUAUAUUACGAGACAUUGCCCUUGUCAGCGGAGCGAUUUUCACAAGAGCAUCUAAUCUGGGUUGGCAGUGGAAAAGCUGGUCUGAUUUUGUAAAUUUGGAUGAUGCUCAUAGGGAGAAGGUGGAGCCUCUCCUCAUCAGCAAAGUCAAUACAGUCUUCCAACUUCUUUUAGUAGCUGCUGCUCUUCUGCAACCAGAACUUGGAAAUGAAGAAUCGAAGAUGUACAUAACUUAUUUGAGUUGGUUAGUUGCUUCAACAACUGCCGCUUCUUUUACGGCCUACAUAAAACAGUACCGUCUCAGGAGAGCUCUGGCUUGAAAGUAAAAUAUUAGGCUGGAGUUGCUCAUUAUCUAAUUCCAAGUCUUUUUUUAUUAAUGUUUAUGUGAUUGGGUUUUGUAUUAACCGAGAUAAUGAGAUGAAAAGCUUAUCAUCAAUGGCUUCAAGGAUUCAAGAUUUAGCAUCAUUCGUGCUUCUUUCGGUCAUUAUAAAUGAUAAAUUGAUAAUUGUUCCAAGCUAAAAUAUGCUCCACCUGUAAUGCAUACUUGUGAUAUAUGAG